CUUUGCUGCUUCAGUUCAGUCUCGGAGGGUCUAGUGUACUGUAGAAUCGUCAUUUCCAAAAUUCUGCAUUUGAGACUCUCGAUACAACACUCAUUGGAUUUGACCUACGUUGUUGGGGAGAGACGCGUGUCUUCUCCGCGGUGAUCUCCUCUGCCUACCCGUUUUUCUUCCUCCUACCGGCCGGAAUCCGAAGCAGCCUUGAGUAUUCUCAACCGCCUACCCAGGCCUCCAGAAGCCAGGAAACAGAGGUGGCCGGAAAUCUCAUCACAAUUGUGGGGACCCUGCAGGCUGUAAGGGCAGGUGGGCAUUCUACCCUUCACUUGGCCCACGGAGUCGCCUUAGAGCUGGGCACGUAGGACGACAGCGCCAGGAAGUUGUUUCUUAACUUUAGACCCGACUCCAACGCAACAUGCUCAACAGCCUCAUUCCAGGGUGGAUGAAUGCAAAAGGACCACAGGGGUCAAGAACACCUACAACACUCACAAGGCCUGCAGGAACAGUCACCUGCACCUGGGGCAGACCAGACCGAGGAGCUGGAUUUCAUCCGGAGGGAGCUGAGCAAGAUCAAAGCCCAGGUGGACAGACUGUUGGAGAGUCUGGAGUCCAUGGAGCAGCAGAGGGACCAGCACAUGGGGCAGGUGAAGAAUCAAGCAUCAGACCAAUACAGCCAGUAGGAGGUGGGGAACCUCCCAGACUUUCUUCAGCUGGUACUUCUUGGGUGGCUUGUUUCCUUGCCUUGUAUUUUUGGAAGGUCCCUAGUCACUCCCAUGCAACUCAAAGCCACCUUUCUGGCGCUUGGCCAUUCAAAGUGCUGAAGCAUGGUCCAGCCAGCUCACCCAGAAAACCACCUGGUAGUCAUGAGUUUAACUCUUGAGGUCUUUUCCAUAAGUCCUGCGGUGGGCAGGGUAGGGAAGCCCCACAGACCAGAAGUAUCUCACUAUUCUCAUUCAACUGUGGUGGUCUUGCAGGAGGCACUUGACAGGAGGGCCCUGAGCCCAAAGAGCACUGUUAGCUCUCACCAAAUGAAGACUGCCUCUUAUUUUCCUCCUUGCCCACACACCACUAAACCUGGUGGUGUGUCGAUUUCUCUGCAGCCAGAGCAGUGAAACACGCUUGUAUCCCUACAUUGACACGGAGCUGUAAGGCUGUAUGUGCCCACCUAACCAACCACUUCUGGUAAAACCCACUAUGUGUACCCUACAAAGCCAUAAGCUACCCUUAUGAAUAGGGGGUAACUUUUAUGGCUCUUUAUCUUGAUUCUCACUAGUUUAACACUAACUUAGGAUCUGCUCUAGACAGUCAUGUCAGAAGGGGAAAAAAUAAAAUGUGUAUUUCUUCAUCUUG